UUUUGGCUCCUCCUCCGUUUGGCUUCUCAUCCUUUAGGCUUUUGCGCUCAAAGAACGGACACUGUUUUUGUUACAUUUGCCCUCAUUUAGAUUCACUCGCUGGCACUUUCUCGUUCCCAUGAAAUGAGAUCUGCCAGUCAGCAACAAGGAGGAGGGUCCAUAAUGUCCGGCAACAAUAAGGAAGACGAGGAAGAUGAAUUGGAGGCCUUAAGGCUAGCAGCUCUGGAAAGUUUGAGGGCAAAAGGACUUCCUCCACCUGUUGUGCUAAAAGGACAGCGUGUGUCCCCAAAACCUAAUGUUUGCAACAAUGCUGUUUUUCAACGUCAUUUCGGCAACCAAAAUUUGAUAGCCAUCAUUCCAGUGGAGACUUCUUCUGCAAGUUCUUCUCCAUACCAAAAUUCCUCUCCUCAUCAUGCUCCAAUUCUGGAUUCAAAACCUCCCCCUAUAAAAAAUCCAACAAGACCACCACUUCUAAAGAAUCCUCCUUCGAUAGGUUCAGUUUCCCAAAACAGUCUGGUUGAAGACAAACCCAAGUCAACUAAAUUCAGUCGUUUCGAGGAUUCAGAUAGUGACGAGAGUGAUGAUGUUGAAAUGUCAUUUGCAAAGUCAGAGAGUGAAGAAGAAGAGUUUGUUAUUGAAGAAGGAGAUGCUGAAGACCUGAUUAUUGAGGUGGAGGAUGAAAUAAUUGAAGAGGAAGAAACUAAUGGAGUAGCUGAGCUUCCUAUGGCUACUGCCCCAGUACCAGAAGAUAGACUGAGCGUUAUACCCGCUGUCAUAAAGCCUAGUGACAACUCUGCUGCCAAAGUUAACACCUCUUCCCCCCCGUCAAAGAUUACCAUGUCAGAUGCUAUUAAAGAAAUUCCUGCAUCGCGGGAUACCAAAAGUUAUGAAAGUAGCCGCAAGGCUGACACAGGAGAUAUAGCUAGACGGUCACCGCAGUUGCGUUCUUCAGCCAGUCGAUCUCCAAUUGUUCAUCCUCGACGAAGGUCUCCUUCUAGGCAACAGAAAAGUCCUCAGAGAUCGCAAAAAUCCUCACCGAGAACUCACAGAUCUCCUUCUAGAUCCCAGAGAUCUCCCGUUAGAAUUCAACGAUCUCCAGUAAGAAUCCAGCGAUCACCUCCAAGAGUUCAAAGAUCUCCUACGAGAGUUCAGAGGUCCCCUCAUAGAAGAUCUCCCAUAAGAUCUUCAGAUCGGGAAAAAUUAAAGCAUAGAGACUCCAGCAAGACGGGCAGUGGCUCUGAUCGUUCUGGCACCGAUGAUAAAAAGAGUGAAAGAACAAGAACCAUUGCACCAACUGAAACUGUUAGAUCGUCGGAGCAGCGACGAACAGGGGAUCGUUCGCGUUCUCCUGCCAACGAUAGGAAGCCGUUGAUGAAGAGAUCACCAUCGCGAUCUGUUAAUGGUGACCGUGAUGCCCGAAAACUCCUAACAACUUCGCUGACAGAGACGGACCGUGACCGACUAGAAUCACGGAAACGAAAAUUUGAAACGGCCAUCGAUCAAGAAUCGUCCGUGAAAAAAGAGGGGAAGAUCCGGCUACGAACGGAAUCGAGUCGUAGAGCAUCACCCGUGCAGACGACACGUAGGGAAGAGAAACCGAAGAAGGUGGAAACAGCCGACAAGGUUCAAAUCAAGAGAGACGAGCCAAUAUCUUUAGCACAGGAAAAGAAUGACGAUGAUAGUGUUGAACGAAAAUCGAAGAAGAGCAAGCGGACUUCCAAGAAAUCUAAAGAAAAGAGUCAGAAUGGUAAAACUCGCUCGAUUACUGAUGGAGAUAACGUAUCCGUGAAACUUUCCAGUACCAAAAGUAGCGAUACUUCCGACGCACAUCUCGAUCUAAGAGCAGAACUCCAACGAAGAAGGAGUCAUCGCUAUGAAGAGGAUGAGGAACCACGGAGUCGAACACCAGAUACGCGUCGGAUUUUGGUAUUAAAUUCACCUCCGUCAUCGGCCGCCGUUGUCGCCCCUUCCAAGUCGCCAACCGAACCGACUGGAGUGCUGUCCAAACACCAACGGCUCGUUUCAGAAGGCCAGUCGAAGACGAGCACGUCCGACGACGCACUGCCCGCAUCGAAAAGAAACAGCAGCGUGAAAUUGAAACGUACCCUGCUGGCCACUCCGAUCGAACUUGACCAAGGACCAGAGACUGAUCCCUUAGAAGAUCGCAUCCGACAGAUCCGGGCACAGAACGAGCUGAUUCGCAAGCGUCAACGGGAGAUCGAGGCUGACAAACUGCAGUAUGCUUGAAUUGUAAAAUUCUCCUUACAAAAACAAAAAACAAAAAAAAAAUAUAUCUUAAAAAAAAGUAGUUUGUUUAAGCUAUUCAAAUGACCGUUGAAUGGUUAAGAUUUAUCAUUUUGAAGUCAAAAUGUAUAUUUAUUCAUUGGAAUUUAUUCUCUUCAGUUUUGUUUUCCAUUUUUUUUGUCUUUCUGAUUUUUAUUCUCUCGCUCUGCUCCUUCAGUUGAAUAGUUUAAUUCGGUCUUGUGACUUGUAGUGCCCUGCGUCUUCGUAGAAUACAAUUUCAAGUGCCUCCUUCCUCCCAAUCUGAAAGUUGCGUCUUGUUUCUUUAUCCCUGCCCCAAUGAUUGUUUUUUUUUUCCUUACAAUCGUCGUAAAUACAUUUAUAUUUAAAUAUU